UAUGCUAUAUUAUGUCCCCCGGAAAAAGCUACACAACAAAUUCAGGACUUGAUAAAUCACUCUCAUACAGUGAUACUGAUACUUGAAUUUCCAUAUGAUGCAUGUGAUAUUGUGAUUAUACAGAGGUUCUAAUUCUAUAAAUGGGUUUGAUGCGAAUCCAAAGGGUUCAUGAAAUGAGUUACUUUUACAUAUUCUAGAAACAGACUCGAAGAAAUUCUAAAGCAAUAUAAUCAUCUAUUCAAUAAGCAGCAAGCUCUACAAGAUAUAAUCCAGGAACUUAGGGAUAUAUGGCAAGUAUCUCAGCUUUCACUGCUGCUGCCAGAAGGUUGGAAGGCAAGGUUGCUCUCAUCACAGGAGGUGCUAGUGGAAUCGGUGCAUGCACUGCUAAACUUUUUACCAAACAUGGUGCUAAAGUCAUGAUUGCUGAAAUCCAAGAUGAUUUGGGGUUAUCUGUUUGCAAGAGCUUAGAUCCAUCAGUAGCUUCAUACAUCCAUUGCGACGUCACAAAUGAAGAUCAUGUACAAAAUGCAGUAGACUCAACAGUAGCCAAAUACAAAAAGCUGGACAUCAUGUUCAAUAAUGCAGGCAUAGCCGGUAGCCAUCCGAAGCCCAACAUCCUUGAUAUCACGCAAUCUGACUUCGAGGAAACAGUUAAGACAAAUCUUAUUGGGCCGUUCUUGGGAACUAAGCAUGCGGCUCGAGUAAUGAUCCCGGCCAGACAAGGUAGUAUAAUUACAACAGCUAGUGUUUGUUCCAUCAUAGGAGGAGUAGCUCCACACGCUUAUACUAGCUCAAAGCACGGUGUCUUAGGGCUCACAAGAAGUACAACUGUUGAAUUUGGACAAUACGGGAUUAGGGUGAAUUGUGUGUCGCCACAUGCGGUGCCAACCCCUCUAUUUAAUAAGUUCUUACAAUUAGAUGAUGAAGGUAUCUCUAAGAUAUACUCUAAUCUCAAAGGGACUUGGUGUAAGGUGGAGGAUGUUGCGAAUGCAGCUUUAUUUCUUGCAAGUGAUGAUUCAAAGUACGUUAGUGGACAUAACCUUACUGUUGAUGGAGGAUUUACUAUCAUGAAUUCUGGGUUUUGUAUGUUUGAAUAGCUUAUAGUAAUGAUUGUUGGGGUUAUAUUUGCAAUUAGUAACACUAUGUGUAGUACACUAUUAUAUGUUGCUCCAAUUUCUGCUUCAACUGAAUAAUAAUAUAUACACUUCACUAUCACUCUACCAACAGUAUAGCCACCAUAAACUUUUUCCAAGGCCUUCACGUAGAAAUCGUCAAGCCAGAGCUCCUCUAAUUUCAAA